GGAGGGGUUACACACGAAAAGCAACUGAGGACUGAAAUGUGAAUCUGUAGACACACUUCUCUUCAACUUGCCAACCGGAGACGAUAGCAUCGACAUUGUUCUUUCCUUAAUCGUUCGACCAUCCUUAUCCACAUUUUUGAACUUGUGAAAAUAAAUGGAGCUUUAUGGAAAGAUGGCAUCUACACAAGAUUCUCGAUAUGGCCAGAAAGAAACAGCUGACCAGAACUUUGACUACAUGUUCAAAUUACUGAUCAUUGGCAAUAGUAGUGUUGGGAAGACCUCAUUUCUUUUCCGCUAUGCUGAUGAUUCCUUUACAUCUGCCUUUGUGAGCACUGUGGGCAUUGACUUCAAAGUAAAGACGGUUUACCGGAAUGAAAAGAGGAUUAAGUUGCAAAUUUGGGACACAGCUGGGCAGGAACGUUACAGGACAAUCACCACGGCUUAUUACCGUGGUGCUAUGGGAUUUAUCCUAAUGUAUGACAUCACAAAUGAAGAAUCCUUCAAUGCCGUACAAGACUGGUCAACCCAAAUCAAGACAUACUCCUGGGAUAAUGCACAGGUUAUUCUGGUUGGCAAUAAAUGUGACAUGGAAGAUGAAAGGAUAGUAUCUAUGGAGAGAGGGAAGCAGUUGGCAGAUCAACUUGGCUUUGAAUUUUUCGAAACCAGUGCCAAGGAUAACAUUAAUGUAAAGCAAACAUUUGAACGUCUUGUUGACAUAAUCUGUGAGAAGAUGUCGGAAAGCUUGGACACAGACCCUACUGUUGCUGCAGGGAAACAAAACACAAAACUCACAGAGAAUCCUCCUCCACAGCAACAAAACUGCGGAUGUUAGUGACUUGAUCAUAGACAUAUGAAGAAAUCAAAUUGUGUCUAUAUUGCAAAGAUUAGUCCUUAGUUAUUAGUCCAUGAAAAUGUUACUGUGUGGCCUCUAUAUAAUAUUAAACAAACCAAUCUAUAUUUAUUUUUUGCUAGUCUGUGCACAGCACUGUUUCCCAAGACCUCUUGCAUUAAAACUGACACUUAGCCAACCUUUAUUUAUAUUGGUAUUGGUUCUGCAAUUUUCCGUAGAUUCAAGGUUUAUGUGACUAUUAAGAGGAACAGUGGGUUCCUAAAUUCUGUGUACUAUAUUUCUAAAUUUCUUAGGUCUCCCUGCUUACUAGGUUCAUGUGGCCUUCCGAGCAUUCCCUCAAUGAUAAAUUAAUAAUAAACACCUUAUCCUCAGUCUGCACAAAACUGUGAAUUCAGUAAUGAGAUGUAUGUAUUUAACUUACUUGAAAUUAGUUUGAAUAUUUGAAUGAAUAUCCUGUGUGUAGUAGUAAAUGUUUAUCCAUCAUUUAUAGGAGAAAUUAUCAAUAAGUAUUUGAGAAAAAGAAGCUUUGCAAAAUAUUUGCAAGCAGCCUCAGAUGACAGUUAGCUAUCACAUUCAUGUCAAUGUGAAUAUGUUGCCUAUUUGUAUUGACACAGCCAAUACAAUGUGUUAAGUGCAGAAUCAGGUCCUGAUUUUCAGAGCCAUGUCCAAUAAGCCAUUUCACAAAUCAAAGAGUGAGAUACAUAUGAAACAGUGUUCAAAGAUGGUCAGCCAAUCCACUGGAUCUCGAGGAUACUUGAAAAACUUGAAACUGCUAAAAUGUUAUGAGGAAACAGAUGUUACUGACACACUGUCAUAAUAUUAAGUAUUAUGUACCCAAGUAUACAUUUCCAGUGUCCUGUCCUAGAUACAGUAUAAGUUAGACAGUUGGCACCUACAAUGUAACUUUGGUUUUGGUAAGUGUAGUUUCCAAUCCCCAGCUACCUGUUUCAAACCAGCCUCAUUUGUAAUUUACCGCUGUUAGAAUUAGGUUUAUUGUCACACAUACUCACAUGAAUAUGGUGAAAAAUUUACAAAGUUGCCACUUAUGGUGCCAUCUUAAGUGCAAAGGUACCCAGGUACAGAUUCCUAGGAAUAAAUUAGAAAGCUAAAGAAAUAAGAAGUCCAGCAUUAAGGACCUUCCAAGCAGAGGAGACGGAGGGGAUGAGCCUGUGCUGGCCUCCUGUUCAGGUGGGCCUCACCUCCAGUCCAGGCCAGACAUCACGUCCAGUCCAGGCUGGGCCUCACCUCCAAUCCAAGCCGAGCUGAGCUUCCAAUCCAAGCCAGCCCUCACCUCCAGACCAGGCCAGGCUUCACCUUGAGGCCAGAAGCCUGUACUGACUUCAUCUCAAAGCCAGGAGUCCACGCUGAGAGCAGGAGUCCGCGCUGAGGCCAGGAGUCCGCGCUGAGGCCAGGAGUCCGCGCUGAGGCCAGGAGUCAGUGCUGAGGCCAGGAGUCCGCGCUGAGGUUAGGAGUCCGCGCUGAGGCCAGGAGUCCGCGCUGAGGCCAGGGGUCUGUGCUGGCUUCAUGCUGGACAUCGCUGAUGCCACCCCAGGACGGGAGGUAAUAAUAAAGAAGGAGGAAACAUAAAGAGAGAAAAACAAACUGACAGAGUGUAUAAGCUUCGGCUCAGGAGUCCUAUUCCCUGCAAUCUUAGAGAUAUUUUCUAUUUUGCCACAGAUGGAAUGUAGAUCUCUUAAAAAGAAUCAUGUCCCAUAACAGUCUUAAAGAUAAGUUGUAUUCUUCUUAAAAAUGUAUUGCUAAUUUACCACUUCCUUGGUAGCUCACCAAUCUCAGCAGUGUUUUUCCAGCAUUUAGACCACAUAAGUAAACCAAUUACAAAAUAACUAUUUUUACCUUCAAAUGAUGAUGUAUUAUGUAAUGUGUAAUAUUAACUGUAACAAGCGUUAUCUUUCUGCUGUCUGAAUUUUUAUUUUUGUCUGAUGGAAGAAAGUGUAAAAUGAUGGAUAGGUGCUGAAAUAAUCUGCGUUUUAUAUUUUUGUGUAGCCUCUAUUGAGGGACAAUAGGCCAAUAAGUGCAAUAUUUCAGAAUAUAUAGUGCAUCUCUAAUUCAAUGCAGAUAUCUGUGCAAAGUUACAUACUAUAGGACUUGAAGUCAAACACAUUUAGUAACAUAUCAGUUUUCACUUUGAAUUAGAACAGUCAGUUAUCUAGCCAUUUGCAAAUCACUGAUACAUUAGAUGAGCAUCUUCAACAAGAUGACAUUUAGCUUCCAUCAUUUAACUCUGUUGGAAAAAGAUUUGAAAAUGUAAUAUUCAGAAUUUCCUCACUGUAAAGCAUAGGAGUGAAUUUGAGUUGUUUUCCUAAGGUUUCCCACAUCUCAUCUGCCAAAUAAAUAAGCAAGUGGGAGGACUUCUUGAAAAUUCACCUACUGUGUCUUUGUGGAAUAAAGCUACACUUUAUUCAAAUUGAACAGGCAAGAAAACAUUCUAAAUAUCCACUCCACUCACUAAAAAUCAGCAAUGUAUAAUAUCGUAUAGCAAAUAUUUAAGGGAGUCCACUUGACUCAUCCUUUACCAUUAAUCUUUAGUCUCUCCAUGGUUAUGCUUAACAGCCUCUCAAAUGACUUCAAUGAUCUUGCUUUCAUAGUCCAUUUCAAACACUGAAAACUUUUGAAUGUCAAGGAACUUCUUAACAUCAGUCUUAAAAUUGCAUUUCACCAGUAAACAUCUGUUCCUCUUGACCUACUUUGUAGUGCAGUGUAUAAGUGUAAUGUUUUUCUACAUUUUGUAUUACCUUUUAUAACUCUAUAAGAUUCUAUUCACACAUUUCCAUUCAGAGUUGAAGAGCCUACAUUUCUCUAGUUUUUCCUCAUAAACCUGUCCUCUAACACAAGGGAUAUACCUCAUAGCUGUUCAGUGCCUCCAGGAAUUGAAUAUAUUUCAUGUGUGUAGAUACCAAAUCAAGCCCUGGAUGUGAUAUACUAGAGCCAGAAUCUGCUAGCAUGGUGUGUGAUUUGCAGAUCCUCAGAGACAUUGCUGGUCUUGUGUAAAUGUAUGUGACACUAUGUAAAGUUAUUUUGAAAAAUACAGCUUGUCUGUGUAGCAAAAGUAUUGAACAUGUAUGAGGUCUUCAGUGACAAUUUUAUGUUAGUGCCAGGAAAAUUAUUUCUGUGCAUGAAUGUACAUUGAACUGUUGUGUGUGUGAAUGGGCUUCUGAUUGCGUGAAAUUUCAUUUUAGUACACAAUCCUCAAGGAUCUUGAAGUCUUAGAAUUAAUUGCAUUAUUGACUACCAAUAAGGAAUGGGUAUGUUGUACAGUAGUAAUUUGUUAAAUUUUUCUGGGAUCAAGCAGUACUGUGAGUUAUACAGUAGGCACUUGUUGCUGAGACUGAUGGGAUAAAACUCCUCAAAAUACUGACUUUCCAAUUCCCUAUAAAAUAAGUUUUGACCAUUUACAUCCUGUUUCUAUUAGACAAAACCAAUACUUACACCCAAACACACAAGAAAGGUAGAAAAUAGAAAAUAAAACCACACUACUGAUACUUCUGUGUUUGGAGCUCAGCCAUUUCACUGGGAUAGAGGAAAGAGAUUUGUUGUGUAUAUAAUUGUGCUAUGACUGACUUAUGGCUUAAUGCUGACAUUAGGCAUCCAAAGUGAAAAAAUUGCACUCCCCUCAUAAAUAUCCCUUCCCUUGCCUUGUACAAAAUUAUUUCUUUUUGUCAUUGCUGAUCUUGAAUUAUAUAUCUUAUGAUCUCAUCUGAUGCUGUAAUUUAAAUGAGAUAGUAUGGUGCAGGUAGCUGAGUAAGUAUCAUAACAGGAACAGUCUGACCUGAACAUAAUUUAUUACAAAUUGAAGGUUUACAGAUAUUGUGCAGACUGGAGAUACAGAGGCCAGUAUUUACUGAGGUCUUUCUGGUGGACAAACAUGAAACUGAACUGCCACAUAUGUACAUUCUACAAAGUUAACCACUGCCUUCAAUAUAUUGGUUCAAGCUUGCAAGUUUUAUUAUAAAUGUAAUUACCCUAGUUACUAAAAUAAAAUCCUAUUCAACACAAUUUAACCCCCACCCCGGAUUACGCUUACUGCCUGUGAAAACUUGGUGAGGUGGUGUCAUUAUAGACCUAUUGAAACAGCUGUUUGAUCAAUGUUGUAAUCCCUUUAUAUAAACAUCAAAAUAAAAAAAAAUGUUGUUGUCUAAACCUGAAGGUUAUGUAGGUGCAUAUUUUACCUCUUGUUAGAAUUUGUUAUCUAUAGACUGUACAGUAGACCAGGUAUUUUGUGUUUGUCUGUGAAAAAUGUAAAUGAAUGUGUGUUUGAAAGGAAAAUAAACUUGC